AUGGCACCAUCAAAGCACCAUGGAGUUGUCAUGCUCAUACUCUACACCUUCAUCUUCUCCGUUUGCUGCACCUCCCUGAACAACAAGAAAUCCCUCGUCACGACACCAGGUAUACCGGAUGGCCACUGGGUCGAUACAUGGACGGCCAUGCCUCAAUUGACAGAAUAUACGAACCUUCCACCAUCGCCAUAUAACACAUCCACGAGGAUAUUCAACAACAGCACGAUCCGGCAAACGAUACACACGUCGAUCGGCGCCUCACAGAUCCGUAUCCGAAUCUCCAACGCGUUCGGCCUAACCGACUUGCCCAUCACCAGCAUGACGAUCGCCCUGCCGUACAAUGGCUCGGCCGGGGCCAGUGCGAUCCAGCCGUCCACUCUGCAGACCGUCACGUUCAGCGGUGGCGACGAGUCAAUCGUCAUCCCGGACGGGGCUCUGGGUGUGUCCGACCCACUGGAUUUCGCAAUCGGGCCUCAAUCCAUGAUUAGUGUGACCAUGUACCUCGCAUCCGGACAGCAAGGGACGUACAUCACGAGCCACCCAGGCAGUCGAACAACGAGCUGGAUGACUCUAGGAAACCAGGUGGGAGCGACGAACUUGACCGGGCCAGAGUUGAAUAGUACUGCUCACUGGUUCUUUUUGUCUGCUGUCGAGGCAUGGACACCACCUACCACCCACGCGUUUUCCAUCAUAGGUGACUCCAUCACCGACGGUCGAGGUAGCGAUACAGACAUGAAUGAUCGGUGGACCGACCUCCUCCUCGCUCGUCUACAAUCCAGCGGCGACCCAAUGCUCACUUCACUCGCCGUUUCCAACCAGGCCGCGGGAGGGAAUAGGAUCCUCGAAGAUGGUUUGGGUCCCAGUGUCCUUUCUCGCGUCGACCGGGACGUCCUCUCACACGCUGGUGUCAAGUACGCCAUGAUCUUCGAAGGGGUCAACGACAUCGGGACCGCCGACGACACCGUCGCCAACCUGACCGUCACGUACGACCGACUCAUCGCGGCGUACAAGCAGAUCUCGGCACGGAUCCACGCCUUCAACAUUCCACUGUUCGCUGCGACCAUCACUCCAUUCUCCGCCCCCGACGGGAACACGACCCUCCAACCCUACACGAGCACACUCCGUGAGCAGACCAGGCAAAAGGUCAACGACUUUAUCCGCAAUUCGGGUGGCACGUUUGACGCCGUGUUCGACUUUGACGCCGUGGUGAGAAACCAAACCGUGCCGAGUCAGUUGGCGGGCGCGUUGCAGUCGGGGGAUUAUUUGCACCCCAAUGAAGCUGGAUAUCACUUGUUGGCCGACUCGAUCGAUUUGAGUCUGUUUAGCAAAUUUACGAAUGGGGUCGGUGGAUUUCUUUGA